GCGCAGCCUCCAACGUGACACACUGGAAUAAGCAUCCGAGGCGAGAAAGAGAGCGAGAGAGGCAGAGAGAUCAGCAGCCCGACACAAAGCUCGUGUUUUGGACGCGACCGUGCGCUGAGAUUUGAUUCACCUCUCGCUGCGUUUUUCUGUAGGAGGCUCUGUUCGGGAUUCACAGGCUCGGCGACGCGACCGGACUGAACGGAGACGAGCUGCAGUGGAUAUCGUUGUGUUUUUCGUUGCAUUGUUCAGGCGAAAGGCGAUAUCGAUCGACUGCGAAUGCGAACUUGAGAGCCGAGCAAACCUGAGGUCGGUCGGUCGGUGGACUUGUAAACACUGGGCUUGUGAGGAGGGCUGGGCAGCCUUUUUUAGCUAGUUAAAACCUCUUGCAGGGCUAAGUUGCUGGUGUUGAACGACCCUUUCUGCAGAAAGAGCUCCUUUACUAGCGCAACAGCGGCGACAGGUUAAUAUGGACUCGGUUAUUUAUGAAUCGUUGGUACUGUGGUAGCUCGGUUAGCUAGCGGAGCUCACCGGAUUUAACGUUAACGUUCGUCCCCCCCCACCACGUCAGUCCUGACCAACUGCUGCUGCUUCAUCGGGGCACAAGAAUGGACGGAAUGAUACGAAAGUGAGUCUGGACCUGGGGUCGGGUUUCGCAGCCAGGUUGCCUGUUCUCUGUGACGAUCGAAAGUGCAAACAGGCUCUAGACCGUCCUUCUUUUGGUUCCUUAUGCUCAAUGAGGACUCUUCCCGGGUCACUGCAGGAUGGAUGGUGUGGAUUUGACAGUCCUUGUGUGUCACCAUCAGCGAUUGCUCCUCUGUGACUGCGUCUUGUUCUUUUACAUUUAUAAAAGAACACCCCCUCUCCUGAGCUCAGACCAUAAAUACUGUAACAGUAACUGUUUAUAAGGAUCACCCAAGGAGGGGGCUCUCCCACAAACUCUUGAGGCUCUCGGGAGCUUUCAAUUUGUGCACCCCUCACUCUGUUUGUGGAGAAAUUCUUCACAGCAGAAGCAUAAGUUUACAUUUGGAUUUAUUCACCGUAAUUUAUUUAUUCUUUUGAGAGUUUGCAAAUUUUUCGUCUGGAGUGAAGAUGUCAAAAAACAAUGGCAUGGAGUUCCUAGCCCCUCCUCCACCAAAGAAUGUGAAUGGCUCAGGCUCCGACUCGCUGUUGCGUGAAAAGGUGGGCGCGGAGGUCCGGCAGCGGCGCCACACGAUGGAUAAAGAUCUGAAGACGGCUGAGCACCGGUUCUUCAGACGCAGCGUCAUCUGUGAUUCCAAUGUAACUGCACUCGACCUUCCUAGCAAAGCUUGUAUCCCCACGUCCCCUCCGGACUGCGAGUUGUCUGUGGCGCCCUUGGGUCUAGUCUCUGCUCCCGGUGUAGCCGCUGAGGCCUGCUUGGCUGUUGCGGAGGCUGUGGUGGAAGAGCAGGCAGAAGAUGCUGGUGAAGGAGAGAGCCUUGCUGGGCUUGAUGGGGUAGAGAAGCAAAGCCAGGAUGCAAAUGCAGGGCAGAGCGAAGUCCCUUGUACUGCUGUGGUGGCACCUACUGUGGCAGGUGACCAGGAGCAAGGAGGUGGAGCAGUAGAGAAACGUGAGGAAGAGGAGGAGAAGGGGGCAGCGAAGGCCAGAGCAGAAGCAGAGCAGAGGGAGGCUGAGAAGAAGGAGCAGGAGGACGAGGAAGUGGAAACCAAAGCUGUGGGCACUUCUCCAGAUGGCCGCUUCCUUAAGUUUGACAUCGAAAUCGGACGGGGCUCCUUUAAAACGGUCUACAAGGGCUUGGACACUGAAACAACUGUGGAAGUAGCUUGGUGUGAACUCCAGGACCGUAAGCUGUCCAAGUCUGAGCGGCAGCGCUUCAAAGAGGAGGCGGGUAUGCUGAAAGGCCUGCAGCACCCUAACAUCGUUCGCUUCUACGACUCCUGGGAGUCUCCCUUAAAGGGGCGCAAGUGCAUUGUGCUGGUGACGGAGCUCAUGACGUCAGGCACCUUAAAAACGUAUCUGAAGCGGUUCAAAGUGAUGAAGAUCAAGGUUCUGCGGAGCUGGUGCCGUCAGAUCCUGAAGGGCCUUCAUUUCCUCCACACUAGGACUCCUCCCAUCAUCCACCGAGACCUCAAGUGUGACAACAUCUUCAUCACCGGCCCAACCGGCUCCGUUAAGAUCGGCGACCUGGGCCUGGCUACUCUGAAGUGCUCUUCUUUCGCCAAGAGUGUUAUAGGUACCCCUGAGUUCAUGGCGCCUGAGAUGUAUGAGGAGAAGUAUGACGAGUCGGUGGAUGUGUAUGCCUUUGGGAUGUGCAUGUUGGAGAUGGCUACCUCAGAGUACCCGUACUCAGAGUGUCAGAACCCCGCUCAGAUCUACCGCCGGGUCACCAGUGGAGUGAAACCUGGCAGCUUUGAUAAGGUAGCCAUACCGGAGGUGAAGGAGAUCAUUGAGGGGUGUAUUCGACAAAACAAAGAUGAGAGAUACGCUAUUAAAGUCCUGCUGAACCAUGCCUUCUUCCAGGAAGAGACGGGGGUGCGAGUGGAAUUGGCUGAGGAGGACGAUGGGGAGAUGAUCGCCAUCAAGCUCUGGCUGCGCAUUGAAGACGCCAAGAAGUUGAAAGGCAAAUACAAAGAUAACGAAGCCAUUGAGUUCUCUUUUGACCUCAGUAAAGAUGUUCCAGAAGAUGUGGCCCAAGAAAUGGUUGACUCUGGCUAUGUGUGUGAAGGCGACCACAAGACCAUGGCCAAGGCCAUUAAGGACCGUGUGUCGCUGAUCCUACGAAAGCGAGAGCAGCGCCAGCUAGUGCGAGAGGAGCAGGAGAAACGGAAAAAGGAGGCUGAACUGCAGCAGCAGCUGAGCGAGUCCCAGAAGGCCUUGCAACUCGGGCCUCAGGCAACCCCAGGAGCCACUCUGAAUCAGUGCGGUGUCCAGCCACCAACCCCUGGCCAGCCUGAGUCAGAAGAGCCUGAAGCAGACCAGCACCAACAGCUGCAGUACCAACAAAGUGGCAUCUCCAUCACCUCUGAAGGCACAGUAGACAGUGGACAGGGCUUGUCCUUAUACUCCGAGACGCCCCUCAACCAGCUCACCAUGUCCUACAGUUCUUCAGCAGGAUCCCAGCAGGGCUCCCAGCAGCAGCAGCCUGGGCAGGCCUCUUACACCCCUGCCUCCCAGCCUGCCCAGCAGCACCCUGCCUUCCCCCAGCAGACUAUGCCACAGUCAGUGAGUCAGCAGUAUGGCGGCGGUGGAGGGGGCUCAACUCUGGCCCCUGAGCCCCCGUUCUUUUUCCCCACCAUCCCCGAGCGACCCGUCUCAUUCUCGCCCCCGCCGUCCUGCCCUCCCAAAGGCUUCAGCGUGCAGCGCCGCAAGAGCACGUCGAUCUUGGAGGCCCACACGCGCCACUUCCAGCCGGCCUACCGCAGCUACGGCAGCAGCCUCCAUCCUUUCUCCGGCGUGGAGGCCCUGGAGCCCUCACUCUUCUUGCUACCCAGUAUGGCUGCCCAGAGACUGGCAGAGCCCCUGCACCUGCAGGCCCCAUCUGAGUCCCUGUAUGGCUAUAAGGAGCAGCAGGAGGAGGCCGUGCGCAGACUGAGUCUCAACCAGGCCACUUUGUUGGACCAUUUUGAAAGCAUGGCAGCAUAUGGUGGCUAUCCAUUGGCAGCCCAUCAGCUCAACCAGCUCACCCUCCACCAGCAUAUGCAAGCUGCUGCUGCUAGCCUGGCUUUUGAGGCCCCACAGCCUAAUCCAGCCUACAUACACCCUCACAUUCCUGGCCACAUGCGCCUGACCCACAGCCCAGUCCCACAGCUGACCCCCAUAAGUGUAGCCCAACCAGUCACCUCUGUGGCCCAGCCAUCUUAUGACCAACCUCACUCUUCAUUCCCCCACUCUGCUCCACCAGUGCUUGCCCACGCAGCUGAACCUGCCAGUGCCUUUGAGUUCCAUGUCCAUGGCCUCCAGGCCGACCCGAACGCUGUAGCCUCAAGACUGUAUCGAACUCGCCGUGGGUCCAUGGAUCUUAACCUUGAGGAGGCAUCCGGCAAUUCUGCACUGGUCAGUCGGCUUCAGCCUGUCACUGAGGAGUAUAUUAGCUACGUAAGCCCGGAGCUCCCUCUACCCCCGGGCAGUCUGCUGCUGCAUGGACUCAAAGACCGCAGUCCAGAGCCGUCCAGUGACUCGGUGGCUUCUUCAGAUGCUGGAGAGUUCAACUCGCCGCCUCCUCACACAGGGCACCCUCAUCUGGAUGUUUCGUCAGCCCAGUCCAUCCCGCAGACAUCCUAUUACGGGCCAGACACGGGGAGCGGCACCUGCGACGGCCACCCACCCAGUCAGCAGACAUUUCUGUUCGUCCCGAACUCGGAGCUGUCUGGGACGUCCAGCUCCCACAUCAGCAUGCUGCACAGCAACUGGGCCAGGCAAACGCCCCUCCAGCCUGAGCUUUCAUACCAUGAGUCUGCCCUGGCUCUUCAGGGCUCUGCUUUGCAGGUUUCUGCUCCCCAGUCCGGCAGCGCUGUUCCUCUGGUUCCCAGCAGCUCCCAGUCCGCACCCUGGAUGGACCCAGUCAAUCCACAGUAUGGAGGUUACUACGUCCCAGCGCUCCCUUCGCAGGUGGUUCCACAGCAUGUUUCUCUGGGUCCUGCCUCGCAGCCCAGUGUUUCCCUGCCCCAGCAGCAGCCUCCAUUACAACCUGCCAGCUCAGGCCUGCAGAGCAUUGCCCAGACACACAUCCAGCCAGGACCUCCGGCUGCUCAGCAGUGUGCUAGUGAGCUGAGUCCUCCAGUUCAGUCCCCGACGCCCUGCGCAGAGCGCCUCUUCUUCCUCUACCAGGCCGCCCAGCUCGCUCUGGUACAGUCUCCAUUAUUCCCGCUGACCCAGCCUGUCCAGACCGACCCAUUCCCCCAGUCACCCUCCAUCUGCCCAGCCAUCAGCCGGUCCUCACUGCCCCUCUCCUAUCUCCCCCAGCCCUCCACACCUGGCCUGGGCUCCCUGGCCCCAGUUGCACUUCCCCCAGUAACAGUGGCCCAGGGGCAGCAGCCAAUUCCUGUGCCAGCCCCAGCAGUGCUGAGCUCCCCUGCAGUAGCAGCAGCAGGAACUGUGCCGGCUGUGUCUCCUUCAGUGCUGCCUGCCACCAUAGCCACAUCACCCACCUCGCCAUCGCAGCCCCAAAUGAAGCCUCCUCCUUCUCCUCUGCUGCUAGCCACCACCGUGCCGACAAUCCGUGUGGCCGCUGCCCCCACCCCUACUGAGCAGUCUGGUCUAGCUUCAGAAACCCCGUCCCAGACAUCCCUGACUGGAUCCCAGCCAGUAGAUAUGUCACAACUCCAACCUCCAGUGGUGACCUGCACUAUGGAAAGCAGCCAUUCUGAUGUGGCUUCCGGUCUGAGUGAUGGAAAUGAAGGCGUGACGGGUGGCAGGCACGAGGGGCGCUCGGCCAAGCGCCACCAGCGGAGAUCGGUGCGCAGCCGCUCUCGCCAUGACAAGAUCACAAAGGCUAAGCUCAAUGUGCUCAAUAUCUCCAACAUGGGUGACAGGGUUGCUGAGUGUCAGUUAGAAACACACAACAGGAAAAUGGUGACUUUCAAGUUUGACCUGGAUGGAGAUAAUCCAGAGGAAAUUGCUCAGAUUAUGGUUGAGAGCGAGUUCAUUCUGGAGAGCGAGCGGGAGUCCUUCAUCGAGCAGGUUCGGGAAGUCAUUGAAACGGCAGAUGAAAGAGGGCUUGAGAGAGAGGGCAGCCAGACUGCGAGUAACCCGGAGCAGCAGAUACCUGUUACAUACACACCACUCCAGCCAGGUGUUGGCGUGAGUUCCACUACCCAGGUGGUACACUCAGCAGGCCGCAGGUUCAUCGUUAGCCCUGUACCUGAGUCCAGGCUGAAAGAACAGUUCUUUGGCACAGCUCAACCAACAGCCCCACUCCUGGAGCAAUCUGCACCAUCAGCGUCAGUGGGAGGAUCUGCCGUGGGACUGUCUCAGUCUGCGUCUGCAGUCAGUCUGCAGCAGGCCUUUGCUGAACUCCGCCAGGGCCAGUAUGACCCUGGACCCAGCACAGCACCCCCUACCCUGCACACCUCCAUGCCUCCUCUGUUACCUGUAGCCAGCCCCCUCCCCGCUUCAUCUGCUGCUGUGCUCUCGCCUCCACCUCAGACUUCUGAACCGGUUGCCCCCUCUCCCCUCCCUCCUCCUUCCUCACUCCCCCCUGUUGUUGCCUCUCUGCCUUCUCAGCCCCCGCCACCCAUUAGUCAGCCUGCCAUGUCCACAGUGCCCACCAUGAUGUCUCCGCCCUGCUCAGUAUCCCCUCCAGUAGCGAUGAGUGCUGCUUCUAUGGUUCCUCCAGCCUCUUUCCCUCCAUCUACAGUCCCCCUGCAUGCAGUCAUAAACACUUCUGUGCCCAGCACUGCAGCCCUACCCCCUCACCCUGUUUCUAUCGUUAACAAUGUGAACACUCUUCCUGGGGGAACUGCUGAGCAGCCUCCUGUCCCUUCCACCGUAGCCCAACACACUCCAGCUGUGAUCCCAACCACAGCCAUCCAAACACCCCAGCUAAUUCCCUCCAGCGUUCCAAGUACCAGCGGCCUCCCAACUCCUGUUGCAGCCCCUUUGCCCCAGGUGCCUAGCCUUCAGCCGGUCACCACCAGUAUCCCUGUGGUGCAACCCACACCUGUGCACAGUCAGCCCCAGCCCUCCACACUUCCCAACCAGAGCCACUCUCACUGUGUGGAGUGUGAAGGAGACUCCCAGGGCAAGACCCCCGGCAUAGAUGACAUUCAUGCCCUGGACAAAAAACUACGCUCCCUUUUCAUGGACCUGGGCUCAGGCCCCCCUUCGGCACAGGCCGACACCGGGGCCCUGGAGCCCAACAUCCCUGGCACGUCCUCUCCUACCAGCUCCACCACCAUCUCUGGCGGCCCACCUCUCCCUCCUUCUAGCUUGCCUUUGGGUUUUUCUGGUCAGCCUGCAGGCUCCCCUAUGACCACCCCAGGCACAACUACCACGCCUGUCAACUAUGGCCAGAGCACGCCAUCCAAAGCACCAUUAUCAAGAUUGCCGGUGUUGCCUGUCGGCUCCGAGCAAGCCGGCACGCCACCCACAGAACACCUGCCACCCUUCCCAGGACCUUGUCUAACUCAGUCCCAGCAGCCCCUGGAGGAUCUGGAUGCCCAGCUGAGACGGGCUUUGAGUCCAGAGACUGUGUUGGUCAGCAGUGUCACGCAUCAGUCCUCUCUUACCGGGAUGCCUACUGGAGGUCAGCCAGUUCCAUUUUGUCUGGAUGGGGAUCCAGUAGCCACACCUGUAGCUGGAGGCUUCAAACUGGGCCGAUUUCAGGUGUCACUGGCAGCUGAUGACUCUUCCCUUCAGGCUCCCACCACCUCCAGUGACUCAUCUUCUUCUACCACCUCUUCGUCCACCUCUUCCUCCUCAUCCUCCUCUCCCUCCACUCUCUCCAGCCCGGAGAACACUCUGCACAGGGCCUCGUCUCCACUCCAUGAGCUAGGGGGAGAUGUUGUGGACGGCCUUCCUUCAAUGCAGCCUGGCCAGAAGGCACCCUCCCCGCAGCCCACCACCAUCGGCCGCUUUCAGGUCACCACCAGGACCGACACCAAGGUGGGCCGUUUUUCAGUGAGAAGGGCCCCAGAUGAUCCCCCUUCAGAGGCUCCAGGGUCUCCAGAGCCCCAGCCUCAAGCUCUUCCUGCUGUGGGAAAUGGCCCAGCUCUCAGCCCUGAAGGCAAGAGUCUGGCCAGCCUGAACAAUUCCUUCAACUCCUACUUCAGCAGUGACAAUGACUCUGAGUUUGAGGAUGAGGACUUCAAGCGAGAAGUCAGCAAGCUGCGAGAGAAGCACAUGAUGGAGAGUCAGGCCCUCUACACACGGCAGAAAGAGGAGAUCGAUGCCCUUUUCACUCGAAUGGGUAAAGUCCCGCCUGCCACAGUGAACCCACCCGCGGUGACCCUGGCUGGCCGUAGACGGCGACCCACCAAGAGCAAAAGCAGCAAAGCUAGCCGUGGUAGCUCACAGGGCAGCAAGAGCCCACUUCAGCCUGCGAGCAGCACUUUAUCGGCGCAGAGUGCUCCCUCAGUGUACCCACCGCAGCAGGGUUUCCUGGCCCCUGGAGGUCUGGUUGAUGCAGGGAGCAGCCCCGUCCUUCAGCCCUUCAAACCCACUCCUUCCAGUGAAAACCUGUACUCAGCCUACACCAGCGAUGCCACACUGUCUGCCCCCAGCCUCUGUGUAGCCACACAAGGCUGUGUAAAGUUCAGCUGUGGGUCGGAGAGAGUGACCUUCAAACCAGGUGGCAGAAGGACCCGUUUUCUGAGUACGCCCUGCUUGGCUCUUUGGAAGAUGGUGAAAAAAGUGUGCCCCUGCAACCAGCUCUGUAGGACGAGCAGCACCAACACGGUGGGUGGGCCGGGCCCGGGGCAGAGCCAAACUCAGCCACCGAACACUGCGCCCCAGAGCCGCAAGGGCACGUUCACCGACGACCUGCACAAGCUGGUGGACAACUGGGCCAGGGAUGCCAUGAACCUGUCCCAGGGCAAGAGGGGCACCAAGCACCAACAGCAGACCCCCUCUCAGGGCCACAGCUAUGAUAUGAUCCCACCUGCCAAUAUGGGACGGAAGUUCUCUGCUCCGGGUCAGUUGUGCCCCAACAUCGCUUCAUCUCUGAGCGGCCACACACCCAUGUCCAACCCUCCUGCUACCUCUAUGGGGUCCCGCAAGGGUUCCCUGUGCCCUACACCGCAGUAUGGCUACCAAUCAGCACCUUACAGCGGCCCGUGGGCCGGCGGCUCAGCUGCACACACCCAGGCGGCGGGCCUGCUGGCUGGCUCCCAACCCCUGGGCCAGUUCAACCCGGGCCCGUCUGCCAUGCAGGCCUUCCACAUUAGCACUUUGCAAAAGUCAGUCAGCAAUCCAGGAGGCCCUAACCUGAGGACCACGUAGGGCUCGGCCAGCCCAAUGGUAGGCCACGACAAGCGUUGACUGGGGGAAGAGUUAAAGAGUGGGGCAAAAAGGUAUGGACCGGUGGUGACGUUGCCGUGGGCUUGGGUACAUGAGUUGGGUUUCAUUGCAGCUUUGCAGACUCUGACUUGUCAAGGGGGCUGACAUCUGGCCUGUUUGCCCUGGACAGUAUUUUUCAUAUUGGGGAGAGAGUUCAGAGUGAGAGAAGAGCCAGCAGGAGAGUGCUGUGCGAGGAAAAGCCAGGGUUCGUGCACACAUAAACAGAAUCACACACCUCUCCCACAUCUCCUGGGGACUUCUCAUCAAUCCUGCACUCUCAUGGACAUGCUAUGGGGCAAACGCACAACAUGAGGAGAGAGAGGCAAAUAAAUAAAUAACAAAUCGGUGAACACAAUGAGUGCAAUGUUAAGUGGCCAAAGAAGGUUGUGACCUUUUUUUCUGUUUUGUUUUUUUGUUUUUCAAAAUCUCUAACGUGUAGUGAUGGCUUCCUUCACUAACCAGCCCCAGAGUGUUUACUCCAGAGUAGACUGUGGUGAUGGUAGGUCAGGGCGUUGGGUUGUAGCUUAUUAACCUUUUGAAGAAAGGCAAUCACCCAGUCCCUUCCCAGUCUCCAAGCUUGUCUUGACUGAUUUCCCAAUGGAGGCUAGUGAGUACUACUGGUGAAGGAAGAGAGGACAGAGAGAACAUGCCCCAUCUCUCCAUCACAACCCUGCUGCAAGCCCAGUAUCUGCUCUAAUGCCAUGUAGUAAUGCAAUAAUUAUAGUAAUAGAAUGACAAAGCCCAUUUUAAAAUGCAGAAAGUGGCCUUCAGUAGAGAAAAUAUAAAAUUCAUGUACAGCUUUCUCUCUUUUUAUGAAUUAGGUUAUGAAUUUACAUUUGGUUACGUUUUAGUAAGGUUGUACAUAUGUGCAGAGGUCAUUCAGCCACCCCUGUGUUUUGGACUACAAAGCUACUUCAGAUCCCAGCUUGCUUUGUGGUGCAUUGCCAUGCUUACUGUACUCCUUUCACAUUGGACCGUUUUGACUGGGCCCUCAAAUUGAUAAAUUAUCCUGGAGUAAAUGUUUAUAUCCGGGCUGUAAGGAGGAGUAUAUUUGGGUAUUAAUAAAAUCCUCACUUUGCCUGCCUGUACAGGGCUAGACAAACUAAUUCCCAAUUUAAAAAAAAAACAAAAAACCUGUUUACCUGUACGCUCUAUCUAGUAUUCUCAAUCGGUAUUGACAGGGAUGGGAAAAGUUGGAGGUAAAGUGGAGGUUUGAUUUAAACGGGGGUGCCAGUCUGGCUCUUCCAAGCAUUCUGCCUUGGAAGCCACUAAAGCUUUAAAUCUGUUAUCUAUUACUAACGUAACAGCUUUUAUAAUCAUGGCCGCAUUAGGAGCCUCUUUAGGUUGACAGGUUGAUUUUGAAAUGUAUGUUUGAAUGAGAAAAGUCGAGUUCUGUAUGGACCUGUAUUACCCAUCAGUUUUUGAUGUUGAAACACUGUGAUUUAUUAUAAAUGUUGUUGGACAACAUUAGUUUAAAACAAAGGUAGAAAAAGGGUGGAAAUUGGAGGAUUAUUGCUAUUAGCUUAAAGGUGAAGAAAGGCUAGCUAUUACCUUAUACAGAACUUAUUGGAGACACUUUAACCUUUUUUUUUUUUUCCUUUGUACUUUCUUUGUAUUAGAUAAAUGUGAAUGUAAAAUGGUUUCAAUUAACAUACUUGAAUAACCGGUCCGUUUUUCCCUCACCCCCCCGCCCCCCAGUGCCCAGAGAGCGUGCUGGAGUUUCUAGUGCCUUGCAUUCAUUCAGUUUUUAUUUCUCGUUUUUCUUUUUUUGGCUUUGUGGUUGGAUGUCGAGGCAGCGGAGGUGCUUGGUGCCUGAUUGGAUUGCUGGUAUGUGGACUAAACAGGUUACAGUAUACAGUAGGGAAGAGAUUCUGGGUUUUGGUGCCAUUUUCUUUUGAGGCUGAAAUGAUGAGACGUAGUUCUGUCGUUUUAUUGCGUUUGGGCAAGGGUUGCAAAUCGUUUUGAAGCUCGGACAUUCUUGAAGUUUGCAGGUAGUGUGUAAAUAAACAGCCACCGUAGUUGCAGAUGCCGCAGGCUGUGCAGUCAUCCUGCAAUUGGGUUAGGUGUACUCUUAAUCCACUCAGUGAGGCUCCAGCUCAUUGCAUUGUCAUGAUACGGUAGGCACGGUUAGACUGGGUUCCAGGCCGUAAUUCAGGGAGGUGAGCGAGCGUGGUGACAGUAUGCCCAGGCUAAAGAAUGAUUUCACUCAAUUGUAAGGUGUGUGUGUGUGUUGGGGGGGUUAUUGGUUCAAGGUUGCAAUUCUCCUAAACUUGUUCUGUAAGCAGGUGAGCAGAAGCGUGCCUAUAGCUGAGGCUCUCCUCGAGAAGAUUUGCUUGAGUGCUUUGAUUUUGACAAACCACAGUGCCCUUUUUUCUCCUGAGAGGUCACGCAGACCAGCAGCAGCAGCCUUGUGUUGGCAACAGGUCAGUCAGAUAGAGGUGGCAGGAUGAGGCAAGUGGAAGAAAAGCGUAAGUGUGCGAGACAGUAUGUUGUGUAUUAGUAAAUAAGUAAAGGGGAAAAAAAUUUCCUGUGUACUCAGUUAAGCUGCAGGUCAUUCCGAGUGGUUUGAUGUGGAGAGCGUCAUUCUAGAGAAACCAGACGUCUAAAGAGUUUAAAGCCUCUAAACACUCCCAAAACAUUAAUGGGUUACACAUGUUGCCUGACACCAGAGACAUCGUUUUAUGAUGGCUCUAAAUCAUAUCGCUGUUACUGGAACAAAACCUUGUGUCUCCAAAAUGAGAACUUUACAGGAGAGGGAAAAAACGUACUCCACUUUUAAUGGAAGUCAACGGAACCAGGCUUUUUUUUACCAGGUCAUUUUCGGCCGUUUCUGUUGAUCCAUUCAUCUUGAAAUUGAAACGCAAUGUAAAGGACAAGUAUUUUCAAAUUCUGCCAAAAACAAAAAUGGAGAGCAGCGAUAUAUAAUUGACACAUUCUGAUGUCAGGGUUAAUUACAUUACACAUAAAAACUCACGUUUAGGUUCACUGGUUGUUUUGGAAAGUAAAUAAAAUUUAUUUUAUGUA